AUGGAAACAUCAAAACGGAUUUCGACAAAAAUCGAAAAUAAAUCCUUCUCUUGUGAGUUUGAUGCAAAUAGUAGAGGAAGGGUGAUCCGCCUAACCGAAGCUCACUUGAAUAAGUCUUAUACCCUUUUAGGAGAGGAAACUCUUUUUGGCUGGCUGGCUGAAUCAUUGGAGGAAGUUCUGCAGACCUCGAAGCCCCAAAAAUUUUUUAGAAAGACAUUCUGUAAUGGAGGUUUCACCUGGAUUCAAAAAACGACAAACAAGAGAGGAAGCUUUUUGGAGAUUUCGAAGGUGCUGAAGUCGGGGAAAAAAGGAAACAUAGUGGUCCCAGCUGGUGUUGACUUAAAAGGAUGGGAAAGUUUUAGGCGAUUACUGAUGGACUUUUUGAAUGAUGAAGUCGACUCUAGGGCCCUUCAUUCUGAGAAGAAAUUAACCCAUAAGUUUUCUCCUGGAAAUUGA